AUGGAACCCAAAGUUAUUGAGAUGGCAGCUCUUGGAAGGACCCUGCAUCCUGGCAUGCUGUAUGACUGCCGCAGUGAUUCAUUUAUUCCAGGUGUUACUCUAUGGGAUAAAGCAUCAUAAGAUAAAGAUCUGGAUGAGCAUCGACAGCCUAAGACUGAUCUAAAAUUCCUUGCUUCUGGUGAGAAGGCCAGCCUGAUGGAUGUGAGCACCUCCCUGGCCAGCUCUGGUUUGAUUGAAGUUGGUGGCUCAGCCAGAUUUAUGGAUAACAAAAAGUCUUCAGCACGUCAGUCCCGGGUUACUAUGUACUAUGGUCAGACUACGAAAUUCGCACAACUUACCAUGACCCAGCUGGGCAAAGUUACUUACCCUGCAGUGUUUGAUGACCAGACGGCAACUCAUGUUGUUACAGCUGUACUGUAUGGAGGUCAAGCUUUCAUGAUAUUUGAUCUAACAGCUGCAUCGAUUGAAAACAGACAACAAAUUGAGAACGUAAUGGUCAAAAAGAUUCCAUCAUUUUCUGUUGGGGGAAGUGGAGCAUUAAAGAUGACAGAUCAUGAAAAACAAAUGGCUAAUAGUAUAAACUGCACUUUUUAUGGUGAUUAUGAGAUUGACACAAAUCCCACCACGUACAUGGAAGCACUGCAGCUGUACCAGAAAUUACCUUCUAUUUUAAAGCAAAAAGAAAACGAUGCUGUACCAAUAAAAGUGUGGCUCUAUCCUCGUUUGGAUAAUAAAGCAGCUAGGCUGGAGAGAGAAAUUGGUGAUACACUGAUCUCUAAAUCAGAAGCUUUAAUAGAGAAGAUUGGAGAGGCAGAUGUAAUGUGCAAUUACUUAAUUGCAAAUGCAACAGCCAAUGAUUACACAGAUGUGAGACAAAGACUGAAGACAUUUCAGGAAUCACUUAGGCUCUACAAGGGAAUGUUUCUAAAAGCUCUCUGCAAGCUUCUUCCUGUGAUUCGGGGAGGAAAGGAGACAGAACAGGCUCUAGCAAACCUCCUAACCAUCCAUGACAAGUCACCGUUUACAGAAAACACAGUCAGUACAUGGUUAGAGAACAGUCAGAGUGAACUAAUUCUGCUAAAUACCUAUAGCCAGCAACUGAGUGACAUUCAAAUUAUGAAAUCGUCAAGCUCUUUGACCAACGCUCUUAUUGAUCCUACUGUUGACACUGUGCUAUGCUUUACUUUUACUUCUCUAAAGAACGCAGAUCCAUAUCUGUCCACAGUGAAUGAAUUCCUGAAACCGGAUGAGUUUGAAAAAAUUUUCUCCAAUUCCAAAGUCUAG